CCCUUUCGUUCAUUUUCUUGUCUAGGGUUAGGGUUUUGUGGGGUUUUGAAGAGGGAAUAGAUGGCGCGGGUGAGGGGGACGGUGAAGUGGUUCAACGACACCAAGGGCUUCGGUUUCAUCUCCCCGGACGAGGGCGGCGACGACCUCUUCGUCCACCAGUCCUCCAUCAAGUCCGAGGGAUUCCGAUCCCUCGUCGCCGGCGAGACCGUCGAGUUCGCCGUCGGUGAGGACUCCGGCGGCCGCCCCAAGGCCGUCGACGUCACCGGCCCCGAUGGCGCCGCCGUCUCCGGCGGCUCCGGUGGUGGUGGCGCUCGGGGCUACGGCAGCGGCGGCGGUGGCGGGAGGGGCGGCGGCGGCGGCGGCGGCGGCGGCGGCGGUGGUGGGGCGUGUUAUAAUUGUGGAGAGGCGGGGCACAUGGCGAGGGAUUGCUACCAGGGCGGGGGCGGCGGCGGCGGCGGCGGCGGCGGCGGGAGGUUCUACGGCGGCGGAAGCGGCGGGGGAGGAGGGGGUUGCUUCAGCUGUGGGGAGAUGGGGCACUUCGCGCGCGAUUGCCCUAGGAAGAUGAGUUAUUAACGAGGUGAAAUUGUGUCGAAACCCUUCCCUUUCUCUCUUUUGGUAUCUUUCGUACGCUAUGUCUUUGGUGGAUUUAGGAAUUAAGUUGUAAGAUCUAUAUAUGUCUGUUCUUGUUUUGGUUUGUGAAAGGAUUAGGGUUGUGGUUGAUAUCAUGUUUUGGGUUUAUGUGAUCAAAAGAAUCGUAGGAUGAGUAUGGAUGGUCGUUACAUGUUUCGUUUUGGCAUAUAUGAAGGUUUCGUAUCUUUACAUUAUA